AUGAACCAUAUAUUUACCUUUGAGACAAAUCUGAAUGAUAUAUUCUCUGGAGAUAACAUUGAAAAAUCGGAAAAAAGUUGUGAUUAUUGCAUAAAGCGGAAGCGAGUAUGCAGAUGUGAAACUAUAAGAAGGGAACUUGGCAGUGAAGAAGUAAAUGACAUAGAAGAAUUGUGUGAAAAGAAAAGACAAUACGAUGAAAUAUGCGAUAAAAUUGUAGAUAAAUACAAAGAUAUUGUAAACAAAUUUGAAUAUGAUAAAGAUAUAGUUAUUUAUAUAAAAGAAAAAAAAAUAAAUGAUGAAAUAGAAUGUGAAGAUUGGUUAUAUUUUUACGAAUUACUGAAGGAAAGGAAAAUAUUAGAAAGAUGUAUUGAAACUAAAAAAAACAAAGAAGCCUUAACAUUGAACAGUUUUCAUUUUGAUGAAGAAGCAAAUUUUAUAAGCUGUCUGAAUUACUACCUUAAGGUGAAUAAGUUUCAUAAUGUCAAUCACAAUUGGAUGGGUAUGAGUUUGAAUCCAUUCGAUGAAUAUUUAUCAUUCCAGUGUAAUAGUAACGAUUCAUCAUUCUGCUUAUAUAAUAUCGAAAAGGAAAAUCAGAGACAGGAGCAGAAAAAAAAAGAAACUACGGCUUCCCAGAUUUUCCCGAAACAGAUAGAAGAAAAAGAAAAGGAAGAAAAUGCUGCAGAUGAUGCAGCAUUGUGGUUAGAUAGAUGUAAAAAAUUUCAUUCUUUAUAUUAUUAUCUUUACUUACAAGAAAAUGAAAGAUGGUUAUCUGGCCAGAACAAUUCUGGGAAUAUCGUGCAUUUUGAAAAUAUAGAUUAUGUGUGGAACAGAACAGUAAGAGAAUGUAAUAAUAAAGUGAAAUUAUUUCAAUUAAUAACUGCAAAUAGUGUUAGAAGUAACAGCGUGGUAGAUGAUUAUAUGACAAAGGAUAGUAGAACUAAUAUAGAUGUAGCAGAAAAAAAUAUACAAAUAGGAAGAAUUAUAUGUAUAAGCCAAUUGGUUUGUGCCUUAGGCAUGGUUGAUAUUGGGGGGUGUUUCAUUAUGAAAAUGAAACUAUGUUUUGAUAAUUUUCUUUUAUCUAUUUUUUCAAUCUUAGCUAUAUGUUUCAAAAAAGUAGAAGUAUAUAGACCUUCUUGUUGCUACCUUAGAAAUGUAGUUUUCAUAAUAGGUAUUCAUUUUAAUGGAAUUACAUCUAUAUUUUUAUCAAGUUUGAAUAAUUGGGUUCAGUCAGCACAGAAGGAAGUUUUGCCUCUACUCUUGGGAUCAAUUUCACUAGAUAAAAAAGAAACAAAGUUUGUGACACAUAAUUUAAUACCAAGAAAAUGGAUAAAAUCUAGCUUUUUUCAAGAAUACAAAAAUUGUAUUCACCAUUUUGUGGAUUAUUUAAUUUAUUAUUUAAAAAAAUGUAUAAAUGUAUCCAAUACAAAUUUGAUAAAAAAAAAUAUUGAAAAUGCAAAGUAUACCUACAUUUCUCAGUUUUUUGAACAACAUAAAAUAGUGGACCUCAGAAAAAAGGACAAAUUGCUGUAUAAGCCACUUGCCCAUUUAUACAUUGAUGAGGAGAAGCUUAUAUCUACCCAAAGAAAUUUCUCAUAUGAGCGAAUGAAUCACAAAUAUGAAAUGAAAGAACAUUAUGUAAACGAAGUAGAUAAUGAUGAGUACCCUCUUAAGGAAGACAAGUUACACAAGUAUCCCAAUUCGAUUUUACCUUUUUCAAAAAAGGAAUUGUGCAAAAUCAGGGACACCAUCUUGCUUCCAAAUCAUGCGAUUCACGAAGAGGGAAUAUUUUUCAAAGAUUCACAUAACAAUUUUACUCCUGACUGUAGUAACAUUAUUAACAUUUCCAACAAUGGUAAUAAUAUGAAAAAAUAUAGAAAGCAAAUAAAGGCGUUAAUGAAAAAAAUAGAAUUUAAAAAUGACAAAAUUCGUUCUGGGAAGAGGAGAAAAGUAGCACUUGGUAGUGGGGAAAGGGAUAACCUCUUUCAGUUGGAUCAAGACUUGAUUGAAAAAAGAAUCUUCUCGAUAGAUAAAAGUUUAUUGGAAAAUCAAAAAAUGGAAUUUGAAGGACUACUAAAGAAACAGAUUUACUUUACAAACAAACAUUGGUUCAGACCUUACCUUAAAAAUUCCACAUCCCAUUUUGAUAAUUCAUUUUAUUUAAGCAAAGAAAUGUACAAGAAUAUUUUACUCUUUAGACAGCACAUCUACUAUAAUAAUUGUGAUUCGUAUAUUAAUAGUCUAAAGCAGGUUCUAAAGCGUUAUGAACCCAUAUCUUCAUCGUACAUUACAAAUAAUGAAUUAUGUUCCAUCGUUAUUGAUUGUCUCUUUGUUUUGAAGAAUUGUGCACAUCUAGACGUGUUCCAAGAUUCAUCUUUUUUGCAAAAAUUUUUAGUAAUAAAUGGGGACUUGGGCCAAACUCUCUAUAAUUUCUUUUCCAGAUUUCAGUCUGGAUUCCACAUUCUGCUGUACAGUGACACCAUAUCUGGAAUGAGCAACUCGCUACAGGGCACCAUAGAAGGUAGGGUGUCCCUCCUUUUCAUCCGUUCACAACCCCGUGAGACCACGGCCCUAAAUGUGGAAGACCUGUACAGAAAUAGAAAAUCAUACAGAAUUUUGAGCGAAUUGUUAAAAGGUAAAGUAGACCAAAAGAAUAGCUGUUCAUUGGUUUAUAUAGAUCUGAAUAAUAUCCUGUUCCCUAAUUAUGUACAUAUAGUGGAAAAAGAGAUGAAAGUGAAAAAAUAUUUUCUAUGCAGUUUGAUAAUCUCUUUUAACUACUUGAAGAAAGGAGGAAAUAUGAUAAUUCAUUUAAGUAGUGCUAUUACAUUUUUCACAGCUGGAUUGUUAUAUGUGAUAAUGUGUGCCUUUGAAAAGAUGCAAUUCUUUUUACCACCAUCUUGUGAUGAUAUAGAUUUAAGUUUCUACAUUUAUUGUGAAGGUUUUAGUGAGAACUAUAUAUAUCGACAUUAUAUUCAGUUUCUCUGGGAAACUGUUAUAUGCAAUCAAUACAUGGAUGAGAAUGUCACCAAUGUGAGUAUCAAUACAAGUAUGAUGAAUAAUGUUACUUCUAGUAGUAACUCUAAACAAAAUGAGGGGAAAAAAGACGUAGUGAAUUCAAACAAAAAGAAAAGCGAAAUAUAUCAUUCCGUGCCCCUGUACUUUCUAAUGAAUAAACAUUUUGUCCAUUUAUUGAAAAAGUUUAAUUCAUUUUAUUUCGGACAUCAUUUGAAUGUAUGUAUGAACUUUAUGAAGGAGCCGAAAUAUUUCUAUCACAACAGAACAUUGAUGAAGUGCUUAGUAACUCAUUUUAUUAGAGCUUACAUCGUCUCACAUUCAGUGGGAAGAUCCUUCACCAGAAUAUUUAAGUCCUUGGCAAUUCGAUGCGAAGGUGGUGGUGGUGGUAGUGGGAGUGAAAUGAGUAGCGAUGAAAUGAGUAGCGAUGAAAUGAGUAGCGAUGAAAUGAGUAGCGAUGAAAUGAGUAGUGAUAAAAUGAGUAGUGAUAAAAUGAGUAGUGAUAAAAUGAGUAGUGAUGAAAUGAGGGGCGAUGAAAUGAGUGGUGAGGAAGAAGCGCAAAAAAAACACGUACCUUUUGAAGGGCAGAAGAAAAGGAAGAAGAAUAUGAGGAAUCAGGAUAAUAUGAGCGGUUUCGUGCAGAGUGGACGCACGAACGAUGACAGUUUUAAAAGUAAAUUCGAUUUGAAAAGAAAUAAAUCAAACGAUAGCAAUAAUUUCUGUUAUUCUUCCAGUGAAUCGAAUUACUCCUUAACCUUUGAAUACCAAAAUGUGCCCAGCGAAGUGUCCGUGUCUGAGACUGCAUGGGGCGAUAGUUCGUAA